UAACCAACCGCUCACCUUACUCUCUGCGUAUAUCUUCUUCCUCGCCCUGCUCUCAUUUCCAACCACCACACACACACUCUCUCUCUCUAACCCCUCAGCCAUGGCUUCAACUUCUUCUGUCACUCUCUCUCAAGCCAUCCUCUCCCGCUCCAUCCCCCGCCAUGGCUCAACCUCCGCCGCCCCUCAGCUCCACACCCCCUCCCUUUCUUUCCCCACUUUCAGCGGCCUCAAGGCCACGGCCUCCGCCCGCCGCCGCGCCGCCGUUCCUGCCCCCCACCGCUCCUCACCUGUGCGGGCGUCCGCUACUAUCGAGACUUUGGAGAAGACUGACACUUCCCUCGUUGAGAAAUCAGUGAACACGAUCAGAUUCCUCUCUAUCGACGCCGUCGAGAAGGCCAACUCCGGCCACCCGGGUCUCCCCAUGGGCUGUGCUCCCAUGGGUCACAUCUUGUACGAUGAGGUCAUGAGGUACAACCCCAAGAACCCCUACUGGUUUAACCGUGACCGCUUCGUUCUCUCCGCUGGCCAUGGAUGUAUGCUCCAGUACGCCCUGCUUCACCUUGCUGGCUACGAUGCUGUCAGGGAAGAUGAUUUGAAGAAUUUCCGUCAGUGGGGAAGCAGGACCCCUGGUCACCCUGAGAACUUUGAAACCCCUGGUGUUGAAGUUACCACUGGUCCUCUUGGCCAAGGUAUUGCGAAUGCUGUUGGUUUGGCACUUGCUGAGAAACAUUUGGCUGCUCGAUUCAACAAACCAGACAGCGAGAUUGUUGACCACUACACGUAUGUCAUACUCGGUGAUGGUUGCCAAAUGGAGGGCAUUUCGAACGAGGCCUGUUCCAUUGCUGGGCAUUGGGGACUUGGAAAGCUAAUUGCUUUCUACGAUGACAACCACAUCUCCAUUGAUGGUGAUACUGAGAUUGCUUUUACUGAGGAUGUUGGAGCUCGUUUUGAGGCUCUUGGAUGGCAUGUUAUCUGGGUGAAGAAUGGUAACACUGGCUAUGAUGAGAUCCGUGCUGCCAUCAAGGAAGCAAAGGCUGUUAAGGACAAGCCCACAAUGAUCAAGGUGACAACAACCAUCGGGUUUGGCUCACCAAACAAGGCAAACAGUUACAGUGUUCAUGGAAGUGCAUUGGGAGCUAAGGAAGUUGAGGCAACCCGGAAGAACCUCGGAUGGCCCUAUGAGCCUUUCCAUGUGCCCGAUGAUGUGAAGAGCCAUUGGAGCCGCCAUGUCCCAGAGGGUGCAGCAAUUGAAGCUGAGUGGAAUUCCAAAUUCAGUGAAUAUGAGAAGAAGUACCCAGAAGAAGCUGCAGAAUUGAAGUCCAUCAUCACUGGUGAAUUACCUGCUGGCUGGGAGAAGGCACUUCCUACAUACACCCCUGAGAGCCCGGCUGAUGCCACCAGAAACCUGUCUCAACAAAACCUUAACGCCCUCGCUAAGGUUCUCCCUGGUUUCCUUGGUGGCAGUGCUGAUCUUGCUUCGUCCAACAUGACCCUUUUGAAAAGUUUCGGUGACUUCCAAAAGAACACCCCCGAAGAACGCAAUUUAAGAUUUGGUGUUCGUGAACACGGUAUGGGAGCAAUCUGUAAUGGCAUUGCUCUCCACAGCCCUGGGUUCAUUCCCUACUGUGCUACUUUCUUCGUGUUCACCGACUACAUGAGAGCAGCCAUGAGGAUUUCUGCCUUGUCUGAAGCUGGAGUCAUUUAUGUUAUGACCCACGAUUCGAUUGGUCUUGGAGAAGACGGACCUACCCAUCAGCCAAUCGAGCACUUGGCGAGUUUCCGAGCAAUGCCCAACAUUUUGAUGUUCCGUCCAGCGGAUGGCAACGAGACAGCCGGUGCUUACAAGGUGGCUGUCCUCAAUAGGAAAAGACCGUCUGUCCUCGCUCUCUCCCGCCAAAAGUUACCCCAGCUUCCCGGAACCUCUAUCGAAGGAGCAGCUAAGGGUGGCUACAUUAUAUCCGACAACUCUUCGGGCAAACCCGAUGUCAUUUUGAUCGGUACUGGCUCGGAGUUGGAAAUUGCCGCCAAGGCUGCUGAAGAACUCAGAAAGGAAGGGAAGGCGGUAAGAGUUGUCUCCUUUGUAAGUUGGGAGCUUUUCGACGACCAAUCAGCUGACUACAAGGCAAGCGUUCUUCCCUCUGACGUAACAGCUAGGGUAAGUAUUGAAGCUGGAACGACUUUCGGAUGGGAGAAGAUUGUCGGGGCUAAAGGUAAGGCCAUUGGAAUUGACAAAUUCGGUGCCAGUGCCCCUGCGGGUAAAAUAUACAAGGAGUAUGGCAUAACAGUCGAGGCCGUCGUAGCAGCAGCUAAAGAAGUUUGCUAGGUGAUGAUAUUAUUUGUAGUUUUCGUUACUGGUUGCUGGCAAAACCAUGGAACCCGUCUCAGUUCACUGCAACACGAGGUUCAUAUCGUAAUAAAAGAUUUAUUCCGCUGUUUCUUAUGUUUUUUUCCAGCUGAGCGAGCAGCUUAGUCCAUGAAAACGAAAACCCGAUAUAUUGUGGGAAAUUUUAAUCUUGUGAAAUGCUUUUCAAUGAAUUUGGACCAGUUAAAACAUAUCAAGUUUUGUAUUGUUAUAUAUAUGGUUGAUUGA